GGUCACUGCUGUGCGCUACAAAAUAUUGAUAGACGGGAAAAUUAGUCGCAGAGUGAGAACCAUUCACAGGAUCUACUGAAUGGACAUAAUUGAGAAAAAUUACACAGAUUUCGUAUAUUGUAACAUGUGAGAUAUCGACGUAGGCCGUCUUAGACGGCAGAGUCACAGCAGAAGAUGUUUUCAUUCACAGGUGGGAAAAGUUAUGAAUCCUACAAGUUUUGAGCGCAGACACAGUUAAGAUGACAGAGAGCAAAGAUUCGAGGGAAGAUGACAGUAGUGUGCGGGUGGCACUCAGGGUGCGUCCCCAGCUGGCCAAGGAGAGGAUUGACAUGUGUCAGGUGUGUACCACAGUAGAAAACACCCAGGUGAUCAUGGGCAAGGACAAGAGCUUCACCUACGACUACGUGUUCGAUAUGCCGACCCAACAAGAAACCAUUUACAGCGACUGUGUCCGCAUCCUCAUUGAUGGGUGCUUUGAUGGUUAUAAUGCUACCGUGUUUGCUUACGGCCAGACAGGGUCUGGGAAGACUUACACCAUGGGGACAGGGUUUGAUAUGAGUCUCCCGGAGAAUGAGGUCGGUAUCAUUCCCCGGGCGGUAGACCACUUGUUCCAGGGAAUCGAGGAGAGCAAGAGGAAGGCAAAGGAAAACAAUAUCCCUCCCCCUGACUUCAAAGUCAAUGCCCAGUUCAUAGAGUUGUACAAUGAAGAAAUCCUAGAUUUACUGGAUACUACAAGAGAUCCAGAAUCAAGAAUGAGGAAGUCUCACAUUAAGAUUCAUGAAGAUGCCACAGGUGGAAUAUACAUGGUGGGCGUGGCCACACGACCUGUCUAUUCCCUGCAGGAAACAAUGGAAUGUUUAAAGAAUGGUGCUUUAUCUCGGGCCACAGCCAGUACAAACAUGAACUCGCAGUCUUCUAGAUCUCAUGCCAUAUUUACACUCCACAUCAAACAGCAACGAGUAGUGCAUGACGAGAACCUAACAGAGGAGGGUAAAGAUUCGGAGGGUCUGAAUGAGUUUGAGACUCUGACUGCCAAGUUUCACUUUGUGGACCUGGCAGGGUCGGAGAGGUUAAAGAGAACAGGGGCAACUGGAGACCGGGCCAAGGAGGGGAUCUCCAUCAACUGUGGGCUGCUUGCCCUAGGAAAUGUAAUCUCCGCCCUGGGUGACAAGGCCAAGAAGGGUAGCCAUGUACCCUACAGGGAUUCUAAGCUGACCCGGUUAUUACAGGACUCUCUGGGAGGAAACAGCCGGACUUUGAUGAUUGCCUGUAUAUCCCCAUCAGACAGAGAUUUUGUUGAAACACUUAAUACUCUGAAGUACGCAAAUCGAGCUAGGAACAUUAAAAACAAGGUGAUAGCCAAUCAGGACAAAGCUUCCAAACAGAUGGCAGCCCUCCGUGCGGAAAUUGUGACACUGCAGCAGGAGCUGAUGGACUUCAAGUCUGGCAAACGCAAGGUAGAUGAAGAUGGAGUGGAGUCAGUGAACGACAUGUUCCACGAAAACACGAUGUUACAGACAGAGAACGACAAACUGAGGCAGAGGAUCAAAUCCAUGCAUGAGACAAUAGAGAUGCUCACCAAGAGGAACUCGGAUCUACUGGCCGAAAAAGCUGUGUUAGGAGUCUAUAAUAUAUCUGAGGAUGCAAGGGAUAGCGAAGUAACAAAGCUGAUUGAAGGAUAUGUUAAGGAGCUAGAAGAACUCAGAGCAAAGCUGUUAGAUGCUGAAAACACAGCGGAACAGUAUAAGAGGAAGACAGCCAUGUCACGCAUGGGGAGCAGCAUGUCCCUGAUGAACGACCCCCUGAGUCCCAUCUCCCCAGGGCACCUGUCCGGGAGCUUCAUGGGGUCAAUGACCGAGAGCAAACUGUCAAUCAUCGAGGAGGCCAAACGGGAUGUCAGCCGACUGAAGAAGCUCAAAAAACUCAAAAAGAGGAAACACUUGAAAGCUAGUGAGAAAGAAGACCAGUUUGACAAUGAAAAGGAUCAGAACGAAGCGGAGGAGAAUGAAGACGUAAACGGAGAAGAAAGAGGGGAAAAUGAAGAGGAGGAAGAAAACACUGAAGAUAUUAAUGAAGAGGAUGAUGAUGAAGAAGAUAGAUUAAGUGGAGAAUUGAAUGGAGAUGAUGAAGAAGAUGACGACAUAGAAGAGGAACUGGAGAACAUGUCUUCAUCAGACUCGGAUUCCGACUCUGAAGGGAAAGCCAUAAUUGACCCACUCGUGGAUUUUCUGUGGUAUUACGGAGAUUCAGACAACCUGCAUGAGGACCUUGCAGAGCUGACCUGCAGCAUCUCCAUCAAACAGAAGCUUGUGGAGGAACUGGAGCAGGCCCAGAAACAGGUGCUUGCUGUCCGGCACCAGUACGAGGAGAAGGUUCGGCAACUCCAGAUGAGGAUCCGGGCGACCGAGGAGGAGCGAGAUAAAGUCCUGUCAAACGUCAACAGUGUGGAGUGCGAGACCAACGAAAAGGUAAAAAAGGUCAAGGACGAGUUUGAGAAGAAAUUGUUGAUGCUCCAGCGGGAUUUAAAGAAAGCAGAGCAAGCUAAGCGUGAUUAUUCUCGCAUGCAGAAGCAGUCCUCGUACCAUGAGAAGCAGUUGAAGACACUGCAGCAUGAACUGCAAGAAAUGAAGAAAACCAAGGUGAAGUUAAUGAAGCAAGUGAAGGAAGAAUUGGAGAAAGGUAAAGCAGUGGAGGCACGCCGCACCAAAGAAGUGGCACAGUUACGCAAGGAACAAGUCCGUAAGGAAGGCCUGAUCCGCAAUUUGGAGAAAGAAAAGCGCCAAAAAGAAGCUGUUCUGAAACGCAAACAAGAGGAGCUGAAUUCCAGUAUAGAAAAAAUCAAGAAAGAGGUUGAAGCACUCAGAAGGAAAGAGAAGAAGCCCAUGUCUGCCAUGGCUGCCGGCAGAGUGGCCAAGUAUGACCGUCCUAAAACCAUCCCAGUCACCCCAUUCUCAUCAUCACCCCGCAGAAGAAAGCGUACCGAGUUCAGUGCCAAGUCAGCCAAACAGAAGUGGGAUACGCUUGAGAAAAAGAUUUCAAAUGUCAUAACCAAGAAACAGACCAUCAUUAACAUGGAGAAGGACAUGGACAUCUGGCUGAAGGAAAGGGAAAGUGUUUGCAAAAAGUUGGACAAGUUCUGUCGUAAGAGGGAUGUAGCCAUCAAAGAGGGCAAAGAUGACAAUGAGAUCGGCGAGCUGAACUGUGUGAUUGGGAUGUUAGAGGGACAGGUCCAGUACACACAGGAGUACAUCUCCGAGUGUCAGUCACAGAUCAUGCAGAUCGAGGAGGCCAAGGAGGACAAUGAACGUUUUGAUGCAACGGCCCUGGUCAACAACUGCUCUGUAGAGGAGGCAAAAUAUCUACUGGAACACUUCAUACAGACCUCUAUUGGGAGGGGGCUGGCCCUGUCACAGAAAGAGAAUGAGUUGAAGGAGAUGAGGGAGAUGCUCCACCAGACGGAGCUCAACAACACCCUACAGCAGGACCUGCUCAAACACAUGAUCAACGACCGCGUGGACAUCGAGGUGGAUAACCUAAUGACCAACGCAGCAGACGGUAUGGAGUCCUCAGAGGAAUCGUUGUCUUCCUCCCCGGCUGACAGAACAUGCCACAAACCCAGUAUAACUGAACGCUCCACAAACUUUGAAAAUUUGAUUAGCAUGUUUGAGAAUACUACGGAGACUAAGCCCCCUGUGGCUGUCCCUGCUCCACAGAAUGUGGCUCCCCUUGCCGAGCCCUCCCUCAGGGGAAAGGAGCCGACUACCCCGGUCAGGAGGAAAACCCCUCUCCCCCAGGAGCUGCUGUAUGCUGAUGGCAGUGUCACACCUCUCCUACCACUGCCAGAGAAUCCAGAGGAAGAGGAGGGGAAUUCCCUCAGAAAGGAGCCCCCUGAGGUCCCUCCCAAACCACAGAAGAAAGGGGCAACCCAAGGGGUAGACGGUCAAAUGAUGCCCCCACCCAGGACGACAGGGAUGAUGAAGAUGUCCUCUUCCUCUAACCUGUCCAGGAUUGGUGUUGAGGCCGCCCAGAAGCCCCCACGCCCAGACCCCGGUCCCUCACCCCGAUUCCAGAGGAAGGAGUACAGCAAGCCCAGUCCUGAGCCGUCCCCUGUGUUCAAACGCAAAAACAACAGCACCUCCAGCCUCAUAUCCCGCUCUAGUUCUGUAGAUGCCACUUUAUCUGACGCCACCCCUCCCUCCUCCCCCACCCUGUCCCGGCGGGCCCGAGAGCGACCCACGGAUGACAAUGUGUUCUCCAGAUUGACCAGCAAUACACAGCCGCCCACAUUACAGCCACCAAACAGGGGGCAGAUUGUGCCCAAUACAGGGAAGGUACCACCCAGUAAGGCGGCCCCUGUGGUUUGUACACAUACAGCAGAGGGCCACACUAAGGCGGUGCUGUCUCUGGAUGCCACGGAGGACCUCUUGUUCACCAGUAGUAAAGACCGAACAGCCAAAAUCUGGGACUUGCACACGGGCAAGGAGAAGGCCUCGUUCAGCAGCCACCCAAACAAUGUGGUGUGUGUGAGGUACUGCCCCCAGUCCCGCCUACUGUUCACCGUGUCUCAGUCCUACAUCAGUGUGUGGGACACCAGGGCUUCAUCCAAACAGUGCAUCAAAACCCUCAGUUCUUCUGGUUUAACCCAUGAUGGUUGUGUCAAUUUUGGAUCCACCCGUCAAAUAGAGCUUGCCCCCGGGGAGCACCAUAUCAAUGAUAUCGCCCUGAAUGAGGAUGGGACGGCUCUGUACAGUGCUGCUGGGAACGUUGUCCGAGUGUGGGACCUAAAGAGUUUUGCUGCCAUUGGUAAGCUGAAUGGGGGACACCAAGCAGCUGUGAUGGCUAUAGCGGUGGACCGGUGGGAGUCCAAAGACAUUGUCCUAACCGGGUCAAAGGACCACUAUAUCAAGAUGUUUGAGGUAGUGGAGGAGAGGGCGGGAAUCAUGACCCCCAAGUACAACCUGGAGCCGCCUCACUAUGACGGGAUCCAAGCGCUGUGUAUCAGUCAGGACACACUGUUCAGUGGAUCCCGAGAUAUGUGUAUCAAGAAGUGGGAUCUGUCCUCACAACAGCUCAAAUAUUCUAUAAAUUCUGCCCACAAGGACUGGGUCUGUGCUUUGAAGUUCAUGCCAUCAAACAACAUACUGUUCAGUGGUUGUAGAGGGGGCUUCCUCAAGCUGUGGAACAUCGAGAACUGUAACCAGCUGGGAGAAAUCAAGGCCCACAGCAGUCCCAUCAACUCCAUAGCUACCAACUCGUCGGCCAUCUUUACAGCCUCCAACGAAACUGUAGUGAAAUUUUGGCAGUACAGGAGAAUACAAACAUUGACCACACUGUGGGAAUCUGGGCCAUCAAAUCGGGAGCAGACGUCAACGAAAACGGGGAAUGUCUGGAGUAAAAAACCAAGCUACAAAUUCCGCAAUAAGUCUCUUGUUUGAUGGCAUCUUGUCAAUAACUAGUUAUCAAUUGAACAUUUGAUUUUGACUGUGCUUAAGAAUAUUCUCUUUAUUUGCCAUGAAUUUUUCAACGGAGCAUUCAGUGAAAUGGAAUAUUCUCUUGUGAUCGUGCUUAUUAAGUUUCCAUAGAAUGCUACAGAUGCUUUAAAUGGAGAUCACAAGGCAUUGAUGAAAGUGCAAACAGAUAUUAUUGUCCAUCUAAAUGCAGAAUUGUGACAGUUUCUACAAAUUGACACAAACAGGCAUCCUGUUAAAUAAUUGAAAUACAUGUGUACCUACGGUAUAUACAAUUCCAAAGGAACAGUGCUUCGUUGUGUAAGCUGCCUUUACAAGAGCCAGUAUUUUCUGUUGGAUUUCUUGUUGAAUAUUUUUUUUCUGUGACUUUCUUGAUAAUGUGUUAUGAAUGUACAUCAUUAGAACCAGGCUGGGCUAUGUCUGUGUUAAAAUGUACCUCUGAUAUUGUUACAGUGCUACGGUUGUGAUUCUCUGUGCUGCAGCUUUAACCAGCCAAAUGGGGCACCAGGCUUUAUUACAUGAAUGAUUCACCAAUAGUUUAUAGUUAAAAUGAACAUGUAUUUUUGAAUUAAUUUGUAGUUCCAUGUCCUUUGGAAGGAUUAACUUAUUAAUAGUUCAGAUUAUAUAAACUUGUUUCUUAAGUAAUGUUUUAUGUACUGUAUAGAAAAUUACUGUAGGAAUUGUGUAUUGUUCUUAUAAGUCUUCCACUGAUUCGUUAUCAGAUACACCGUAUUAUUGAAGAAUCAUGUAGUAAAUAUGAUUUCAGAAUUUUUAAGUCACAUUUAUAGAAUUGUAGUGUUAUUAUUAUCUAAUGGCCUUGUUUUCACACUCCAAUUAUGGACUUGCCAAAUCUCUGCAUGUGAAUUGAUGUUCUUUUUUUUUUUUUUAUAAACGCUAGCUACUACAUCAGAAUAUUGUUAUGGCAUUAAGAGUUACACACCUUAAUCAUUUGAAAAGGCUGAGCCUUUUCUAGAGUUAUCUUUCCUUUAAGAAAUAAUAUUCCAUAUUAGUCUGAUUAUAUUGAUAUUUUUUGUUGAACUCACUUUGUUCAUCUGUUAUCUGUUUAGCAAUUAUUACAUUCCACAAGUUCUCUAUAAGUUAACUGUCUGUCAGUUCUCUGUAAGUUAACUGUCUGUCAGUUCUUUAUAAGUUAACUGUCUGUCAGUUCUCUGUAAGUUAACUGUCUGUCAGUUCUCUGUAAGUAAUAUAAUAACUGUCUGUCAGCUAUUAUAACUAUAAGUUAACUGUCUUUGAGCUUUCUAUGUGUAAUCAGGGCUAGUUUUACACUACACAGUUUUAUAUCUAUCAUUUUUAUGUUUCAAAGGGGAACAGUAUAGAAUUUUUCAAGAUUCUUUAUUGAAUUGAACAACCGAAAGCUGAUCUCACUUUCUGAUUUACUAUUGUUUGUAUUCAUUCUCAAUGAAUUAUUUUGCAUUUUGAUCAAAAGAAAUGGUUUUCAUGUGAUAUCAUAGAUUUUGUUUUUAUUUCACAUCAGUUCAAGAUUGUAUUUUCAGAAACAUUCAGAUAUGUUAAAAUUUAUAUAACUGUUCUUGUUGUAAAUCAGUUCAUCAUGACGAAUGUUUCUCAUAACAAAUUUGUCUUUCACUGUGAUCAUGUCAUAUACAUGAAUUAAUGUUUUGUUUAACAGGGAUCUGAGUUGUUAUGUUUUACAACCAUUUUCAUUUUUUGUUUUCAUGCAUAAUACAUGUAUUUCAUCAGCUGUAUUCUGUACUGACCAUCAAUAUCAACAGGACAUCCAAACAAAGUAAAAAACGAUAAAAUUGAAAUAUUUAGUAAUCAGUUCAUUGUUAUCUAACCAUUUUAAAAAAAGGAGUUUAAUGUACUAUACAGUAAUGUGUUGAACACUAAUACAUGUAUGUAGUCACAGUUAACUGGGUAGUAUGAAUUAGUUGUCUCACGGUAGCAGUAGUGCUUGAUGUAGUUAGGCUGUCUCAGUUAUUUAUGUCAAGGGGCCACGCCCCCUCCCCCUCCCCAAUCCCCCAUGGUGAGGGAGAGAGGGGGGGUGAUGCUUAAUCUUUAUUUCAGGGAAUUGUUUCUUUUUUGAAUUAAGCACUUGUGUUUAUUUUUUUAACUGUUAUUGCUGAUACAGUAUCUCCAUUGUCAUUGUGAGCAUAUGCUUGCUGAAAAAGUAACAACUGAAUAAAUAUUUUAUAUACUAA